UUCUUUUCAUCAUCUGUCUUAUUUGUCGUACUUGAGGCGAUUGAAAAACCAAAUAAGUUGAUAUAUGAAAUCAAAAACAGUUGAAUUGGCUCUAUAAAAAGGCAUGACCUCAAGGUCAGUAAUAAGUAUAAAUAAUAUUACAUACAUAUAUAAAAUAUGGAGAGAAAGAUUUACAGUUUUGUGCUCAUCGUUGCGGCAAUAAUUUUUCUUGUAGCCACCGCUUUUAGUCCAAUAUCUGCUGCAGCAGAAAGCGAGAAGGUGGAACUAAGAUCUGAUGGUGGGAAUGACAUUAAUCAUGGUGUGGAUAAAGCUAAGACAUUGGACAUGAUGGCAUACCCAUAUCCUCUCUCGAAAAUAAUAAUGGAAGAUAACGAAUUGGGAGUUCAGUUCUGUGGAUUAUGCCUAAAGCCUGGGGUCACGUGUGAGAAGGGAUGUCUUUGUACAUGGAAAUUAGGUUGGCUAAUUCCUAUUUGCAAGGGCCUGUGCUGCUAAAUCUACAACAUAUAUAACAUAACAUCAUCGUUGGUUCUUUUUAUAUUGAAUAAUGCAAACCCUUCAAUCAUAUAAAUAAAUGUAUAAGAAGCAUAAGGCUUAAGUAGUCAUGAAUGCAUUCAUGUUCUUAGCUGCUGCUUCCUGUUUUUUAUUGUAAAACAAAUAUGGUAUGCGUUUGUCGUAUUUGUAAUGGUUAAUAAAACAUUCACUCUAUUUAUAUCCUAA